CUUUGUUUACGGCCCCCCGGGCAGGUGGCUCCUCGUCCUCUUCGCUGGCCUCGGACCCGGAGCCGGCUGAACGUCCGCCAGUCCUUCUGUUCGUGCUGCGAGGAGCUGCUGGGGAUGGCAAAGAUGAAGACAAACUUAGAGCAGGAGGUUGUUUCGUCGCUCUUUUAAUCUUUUUUGAGAAUUGGUUUGGAAGAUGAACCCCAACAGUCUUUUUGGGGGACAGCAAUCCAGUAUGUUCUCCUCCUCUCCCAGUGGCUCCCUGGGAACAUUUCAGGUUCAGCCACCAUUUCGAUUUGGUCAGCCCUCGCUUUUUGGACAGAACGCUGUGGGCUCAGGGCAGAACACAGGAUUUGCCCAGACUUCCGGGGGGACCCAGUCUUCCCCAGGAUCUACGCUAGGAUUCUCAGCCAACUCCGGUAUCGGGUCUCACUCUGUGCCGGCCCCCCAGGCUCCUGUCUUCACGGCGGCUUCCGGACCCCCCAGUACAUCUGCCCCCAGCAAUGCGGGAUUCAGUUUCAAGACGCCCACCAAUAUCGGAGCUUUUCCCAGCACCCCCAGCUUUGGGCACGGUAGCGGGGAAGCAUCCGGUUUGGGCCGAUCUGAGUUCAGCUUUAAGCCUCCUGAAAGCGCAACCUUCAGACCGAUCUUUGGGGCAGAAUCGGAGCCGGAGAAGACCCAGAGCCAGAUCACUCCGGGCUCUUUCACCUUCUCCCACCCAGUUAGUGGUGGGCCUGAGGCGCUGGGCUCCUUCACGUUUUCCCAGGGCUCAAGUAGCUCAGGCACCAGCCCAAGUUUUACUUUCUCCAAACCAACUAGCAACUCUUCGACUUUUGCCUCUGUAAGUCAGAAUGUGGAGGAGGAAAAGAGGGGCCCUAAACCAGCAUUUGGGAGUUCAGGGAGCAGCUUCACGAGCUUCGCAUCCCCAGGCUCUGUAGGGGAGCCCUUUUCUAUGAGCAAAGCAGUGGGCAAGCUGGGAAGGGAUGAUGCUGGUGGCCAGGGAGGGUUGCUGUCUGGGCACGUGAAAGGGCUGAAAAGGAAGGAAGACCACGACCGGUCACCCAGGAGACGAGACUACGACGCCGUAGAUGACGUGGAGCUCUUGUCACGGGGAGAUCAUCCUCCAGAGAAGCGUCCCCCCCGCCUGGCUCGCCCGCGGGGCGGCGGCUUGUUUGGGCGGACGCUGCAGGACAUGCUGAGGAGCAACAAAGAAGGCGGCCGCCUGGGAAGCAAAGAAAUAAAAAAGGAAGUGGGGAGUUUAGAAUCCGGCGAGACGGAUCACGGCGCUGCAGCGGGCGCGACCUCAUCCAUCUUGUCCAUCCCCCGGCUGAAGGAGGAGGAAAUGGAUGGCAAAAGCGGCCAGGAAGUGUCCGCCAACAGGGUUACCCCUUCCCGCCGAGGGAAGAAGGAGAGCGUGGAUAGCUCUAGCAGCCUGUCACCCAGCGAGCUCACCGCCAUUCAGUGCAAGAACAUCCCCAACUACCUCAACGACAGGGCGAUCUUGGAGGAGCACUUUGGUCGAUUUGGGAAGGUGCAGCGCAUCUAUCCCCGGCGCAACCGAAAGCUCGCCAUCGUGCACUUCUCAGACCACGCGUCUGCUGCCCUGGCUCGGAAGAAAGGGAAAGGCUUGCAUAAAGACGUACUCAUCUUCUGGCACAAGAAAAAAAUAAGUCCCAGUAAGAAGGAUUUUUCCCCAAAGGAGAAAAAGUCAAGUGAGGGGGAAGCUAGUCAGAGCUGUGAAGACUCGCCUUUCCAGCGCUCCCCGCUGCGCAAACCCCUCUUGAGACCUGCCACUGGCGGUAGCAGCAGCCUUCUGAGUAAAAGUUCUCCAGUUAAGAAAUCAAGCCAUACCAAGUCUCUGCAGUUUGAGGGGGAGCCCUUUGAUUCUGGGCCUGAGAUCCCGAGCUCAGACAACCUGGGACUGUCAGUGACCACCCUCAGCACCUUGAUGGGCACGGUGGCCGAGACGUCGGAGGACAAGUACCGCCUCCUUGACCAGAGGGAUAAGAUCAUGAGGCAAGCUCGCGUCAAGAGAACGGAUCUGGACAAAGCGAAAGCCUUUGUUGGGACGUGCCCAGACAUGUGUCCUGAGAAAGAGCGGUACAUGAGAGAGACCAGGAACCAGUUGAGCUCUUUCGAAGUGAUCCCUGGCACAGAUCAGGUGGACCAUGCGGCGGCAAUAAAGGAAUACAGCCGCUCCUCAGCUGACCAGGAGGAGCCUCUGCCUCAUGAGCUGCGUCCCUCAGGGGUGCUCAGCAUGACCAUGGACUACCUCGUCACUCAGAUCAUGGACCAGAGGGAAGGGAGCUCGCGCGACUGGUACGACUUUGUAUGGAACAGGACCCGCGGAAUAAGGAAGGACAUCACCCAGCAGCACCUCUGUGACCCCCUCACGGUGUCGCUGAUCGAGAAGUGCACCCGCUUCCACAUCCACUGCGCGCACUCGAUGUGUGAGGAGCCCAUGUGCUCAUUCGACGCCAAGAUCAACCAUGAGAAUAUGACCAAGUGCUUGCAGAGCCUGAAGGAGAUGUACCAGGACCUGGCUAACAAGGGCGUCCUCUGUGCCAGUGAAGCGGAAUUCCGAGGCUACAAUGUUCUGCUCAAUCUCAACAAGGGUGACAUCCUAAGAGAGGUGCAGCAGUUCCGGCCUGAUGUCCGAAACUCCCCUGAGGUGAAAUUUGCAGUCCAGGCUUUUGCGGCCCUGAACAGCAACAACUUUGUCAGGUUCUUCAAGCUGGUGCGGUCUGCCUCCUACCUGAAUGCCUGCCUCCUGCACUGCUACUUCAAUCAGAUCCGUAAAGAUGCAUUGCGGGCUCUCAACGUGGCGUAUACAGUGAGCACUCAGAGAUCCACGAGCUUUCCCUUGGAUAACCUGGUGCCCAUGUUACUGUUCAGAGAUGCCGAGGAAGCGACUGACUUCUUGAGUUACUAUGGCCUCAGUGUGUCUGAUGGCUGUGUUGAGCUUAAUCGGUCCGCCUUCUUGGAACCCGAGGGCUUAUCCAAGGCAAAGAAGUGCACUUUUAUCACUGAGAAGCUCACUGUCUCCGUUGGAGAGGUGGUGAAUGGGGGGCCGUUACCCCCCGUCCCUCGUCACAUCCCGGUGUGUAGCUUCAAUACGCAGAACAAAUACGUGGGAGAGAGCACGGCUUCUGAGUCUGCUCUGAGUGGACAGAAACCCAGUAUGGAGAGUGGAGGAGGUGGGAAGAUGGAAGAAGCCAGCCCUGGGACCGAAGUGCUGGCGUUGCGUGUUCCGCCGCAGCCCUUGCUCUCCCCGCCUCAGCCGCUGCUGACCCAGACUGCCGGGCUGCCGCCAGCCCUCGUGGCUCCUGCACCUGUACUGCCGUUGGCUUCCUCGUCAUCUCUGUUCCAGCCCGUCGGGCAGCCCGAGCUGCCUCCCCCCAAGCCUCGGCCUAGCUACACUGAUACGGACAUCAUGGGGGUCAUUGAAGACCUUAUCCAGGACGUCCUCAGAAGCUACUGUGAAGAAGUCGGCCGGGCCGGGGCUGCCUACGCUGCUGCAGCCUUGGGGGUUUCCAAAAUGGUCACAGAGGAGGUCUUGGCCACAGCCACAGUGGACAUGUUGCGGCAGAUCGCUGCUGACGAAGUGAACAAAGAAAGAGCAAGAAUUAAAGAAGAACAGAAAAGAGUUGAAGAACAAAGACGGAGGCGGGAGAGAGAGCGCUUGCUGGCCCAUCUGAGCCAGGUGCUGGCGGCUGAGCUGAUGGAUCUCGUGGUGGCCGAAUGUGUGCGUGAAACCUCUUCCCGAGAGCUGAAGAGCGCCAUGGAGACCGAGAGGAGGGCCCGCGUGGCCCGCUGUUCUGAAGACGUCUGGGAUCGUCUCAUGGACCUGUUCUUGGCCGAGGAGAUUUUCCAGAGUGCCCGAGAGACCCUGCAGGAACUUCAGUGCUUCUGUAAAUACUUGCAGCGGUGGAGGGAAGCCGUUGCAGCCCGGAAAAAACUCAAGAGACAGAUGAGAGCAUUUCCUGCGGCCCCCUGCUGUGUGGACCUCAGCAACAGAUUGCAGGCCUUGUCCCCCAGUGCCGAGUGUCCCAUUGCUAAAGAGAACCUGGCCAAAGGAGUCCUGAAUCUGGGACACGCAGGAAAACUGGGCCUCUCCUGCACCAGGUUACGGUGGAUGAGAAACAAGACGAUACAUCAAAUGAAGGUUCAAUAUUUCUAUCAGCAAUUACUCAGUGAAGCCGUGUGGACCCCUCUGGACCUGCCAGCCCUUAUUGCCGAACAUUACCCUGGGCAGCGGGAACAGGUGUUCUGGAAGCUGGUGUUGGUGCUGCCCGACAGUGAAGAGCCCGCCUCUGGCUAUUCCAGCAGGAUUCUAGCGAACUGGCUGAAGGUCAAGUUCAUGGGUUACGAAGAUUUACAAAAGGGGACCCGUCACGCUUCCGAGGGGAUCCAGACGCUGACCCUGCUGAAUGCCUGUAGCACCAAAGGGAAUCGAACGGUCUGGGUCAACGUAUGCAUUAAGGUGGCCCACGGCCUGUUGAGCGACUCAGCCCUUGAUGCCACGGAGACGCAGAAGGACCUUCUGGGCACCAGCGGCCUUCUCUUCCUGCUGCCCGCCCUGGGCAAGAAUGUCGUGGUGGCCGAGGAGGACACGUACUGGCUCUCUGCCCUGCUCCAACUCAAACAGCUGCUGCAGGCGAAGCCUUUCCACCCGCUGGUGCCCCUGGUGGUUCUUGUGCCCGGCCAGGAGGGAGCCAGCGUGAGGGACGUGGAGGAAGGUCUGAUGCUUCAGGACUUGGUUUCAUCCCAGCUUAUCUCGGAUUACAUCGUGGUGGAGAUCCCAGCUGCCGUCAACGACCUCCAAGGCACCAACAGGGUGUCCCAGGCCGUCAAGUGGCUGGUGUCUCGCUGCCCCAGCUCCCUGGAGCUCUGCUGCCAGACCCUGCCCCAGUAUAUCGAGGACGGCAUCAGCCGUGAGUUCAGCGACCGCUUCUUCUACGACCGGAAGGAGCGGCGUGUGGCCGGCCUGGCCUCGCAGGAGCCCGGCGCCAUCAUUGAACUCUUCAACGGCGUGCUACAGUUCCUGGCGGACGUGGCCUCCUCCGAGCAGCUCUGCCACCUGUCCUGGCCCAUCACGGAGUUCGCCGAGCCGGGCGGCAACAAGAUGCUUCCUCACCUGCAGUGGAACGCGCCUGGCCACCUGGCCUGGCUGAAGAAGGUCAUUCUCUCCUUCCAGCUGCCCCACAUGGACCUCCCCCCGCCGGGCGCUCCGUGGCGUCUCGUGUGCAACAUGAUCUCCCAGUACGUCUCCCAGAUCCCGAGCUGUUGCCAGACGCAGCCCAUCCUGCAGUCUCAGGUGGAGAACCUCCUGAGUCGGACGUACGGCAAGUGGAGGAACAAAGACCUGUGGGCCUUGGGCGAGACGGGACCCUGCGUCGAGGAGAUUCCGUGGGACGACAUCAUCGCUCUGUGCAUUAACCACAAGCUGCGGGAUUGGAAGCCUCCCAGACUGCCCGUCACGUCAGAGGCUCUGAGUGAAGAUGGUCAGAUCUGCGUCUACUUUUUCAAGACCCACUUAAAAAGCUACGAGGUCCCCAGGUCCUGGGAACACGCCAGGCUGCAGACCCAGAAGGAGAUCCAGCGGCACGGCCACGGACGUCUGGGCAUAAAGCCUUUGCGCUCCGCCAAGAGCCUCUCCUCGUCGUGGCUCCACGUUCCCUACGGCGGGACCAGGACCCCAGAGAGCGGCCACGCCGGCCGCGUGCCCGACGCCGAGGAGCUGGCCCGCACCGCCUCGGCCGAGGAGCUGCUCCCGGGGCGCCUGAACGCCAGCCUUCAGCUGGAGAAGGAGGAGAGCAGGAGGUUCGAAGAUCAGCUGCGUCAUUGGCUGGCCGGAGACCACGAGCAGGGGUUGGACUCGAGCCCCCUCCCCGUCUACCUUCCUCAAGCUCUCGUAUCGACGCCUCAGACUCUGCAGCCCGUCCUCCGAGUGUCAGCGAGCAGCAGCCCCCAGGACCAGAAGGCCGCUGAGCGGCGGCGGCCGGCCCCGGCCAUGGUCGUGUCUCUGACCGACAAGCUGAGACACUUAGAAAGCCUGAUUCAUCGCACUCGAGAGGAGGAGCUCGUCUGUGAGCGGCACCUCUCCACCCUGUUGGACAUGGUGGACAUCUGACAAGCCGGGCAGCGGGGAGGGGGCCCCGGGGGCCGGGCUCAGGGCGCACACAAUAAUGUUCUCUGCGGAUGCUCGACCAGUGGCUGGGAGGUGGCUGUAAAUCAUGGAAAUAAAGACUGGGACUGUC